GGCUAGAGUUUCACAAAGAAAUCUCAGGAUGUAAGGGUGUGGGUGGUUGUGGGUGGAUCUCAAAACAGGAGGCAAUUUCGUGUAUGCCAGAACCGCCAAAAGCAAUAACGAUGCGGCGGAAGAAAAAGCGGAAAAAGGGACACGCGAUUACGCGCGCACACUUUCACACACCCAACCGAGUAGCAACAUCAUUUCUUUGGCCAGUAUGUUGAACGCCAGAAAUAUCCGCGUAGCUCUCGGCGCUUUAUUUAUUUUCAGCGUUGUGGGUUAUUUUCUUUCCAAUGCCAGCGCAUUUCCCGACUCUUCGAUGAGGGUGCAAGUUCCUCAGAGCAGCGAGAACGCGAUCAAACCCGUUCCCCAGGGAUCGGCUGCCCAAGGUGAGGAUUCGCCAUAUGAACCUUCGCAAGGCAAAGCCGAAGGGUCUUUGUCCGACGAUGAAUCCGACGAAGACACCGCAGAUGCUGCCGUCAAGCCGGUGAAGCCAGAAAAACUUCCACAGCCCACGGGUCUCAAACAGGCAGACAGCAAACCAAAGGGUCAAGCCGAAUCCAGUAGUGAAAAACAGUUGAGCAGCGACUCCAAGUGUGAUAAGACCGACUAUGUUGUCAUGAUCGACGCAGGCUCCACCGGCUCCCGUAUCCACGUCUACUCUUUCGAUACCUGUAUCUCCCCACCUAAGUUGUUAAACGAGGAGUUCAAGAUGUUGAAUCCUGGAUUGUCUUCGUUUGAUACUGACACGCAGGGCGCCGCUGCCUCGCUAGACCCCUUGUUGGAGCUUGCUCUCAGCACCGUCCCCAAAGACAAACAAAGCUGUACUCCCGUGGCCGUAAAGGCGACAGCUGGGUUGAGAUUGUUGGGCCAAGAGAAGUCUGAUGCCAUUCUCAAAGAGGUGCGUGCUCAUUUGGAAAACGACUUCCCAUUUGCCGUCGUGGACGGUGAUGGAAUCUCCAUCAUGGACGGGAAGGACGAGGGUGUCUACGCCUGGAUCACUGCUAACUACCUUUUGGGCAACAUUGGGUCGAAAGAAAAGCUUCCGACCGCUGCUGUUUUUGACUUGGGUGGAGGAUCUACGCAAAUCGUUUUCGAGCCUGAGAUGGGCGACAACGAAAAGAUGGUCGAAGGUGAGCACAAGUACGAGUUUUCCUUUGGCGACCGCGUCUUCACUUUGUACCAAUUCAGUCACUUGGGCUACGGGUUGAUGCAAGGCAGAAACAAGGUGAACUCCUUGAUUUUGAGCAGCGCCAUUAAGAACGGCGCGUCGUUGACCUCAUACCAGUCAAAGUCUGCUGCCAAAGAGGCCAGUGGCACGGUGACCAUGAACAACCCCUGCAUGCCGCCUGGUGUGACGGCCCAAGACGUGAUGGUUGAAGUUUCUGACGACGAAGUCUAUGUUGUCAACUUCAAGGGGCCAAGCGAGGCAUCAGGAGCCCAGUGCAGACAUCUUGCCGAGCAAGUGCUCAACAUGGAAGCCGAGUGCACCAGCAAGUCAUGCUCGUUCAACGGUGUCUACCAACCAUCGUUGGUGAAGGCUUUCCACAAAAACUCAGACAUGUGGGUGUUCUCUUACUUCUACGACAGAACCAACCCACUUGGGUUCCCCAGCUCGUUCACAGUCGAGGAGUUGAGAGACUUGACCAAGACCGUAUGCGCGGGUGAGAGCUUGUGGACCGAUGUUUUGUUGGGCGACUCUGUGAAAGCGUUGCAGGAAGAGCCCCACUGGUGCCUCGACUUGUCCUUCAUCACGGCCAUGCUCCACACAGGCUACAACAUCCCCUUGGGCAGGGAAUUGAGAACUGCCAAGAAAAUCGCCGACAACGAGUUGGGCUGGUGCCUUGGUGCGUCGUUGCCUUUGUUGAAUCCGCAAGAGGGCGGCUGGAAAUGUAGGGUGAAGGAGACCGCCGCGCAGGCUUGAGCAGGCGAUUCCAUCCCCACUCUUUUUAUGCCACCCUUCUUCUUUCGGUAAUUGCCUUUGGUCCGAGGGCUUUUUGUAUUACAAUUCAUACGAGACUACUUCUUCACUGAGCAAGGGGAGCAGAGGGUCCCGGACAUUGGAAGGGCCCGGACUGCCCCAUCACCUGCACAAUAUGCACCAAUAAAUGCGAGUCGGAGCCCGCCCAAAAACCAACAGAACAGCAAAAAAAAACUUGGCCGGCGGUAACGCAGUGGGUGCCCCUAUAUAUGCUGGCCGUCUUAAAGCGUAGUGUAACGGAAACCUUGGCUCGAAACCAUGGCUCGAAGCACGGCUCGAAA